AUGUCGUGGUACACAUACAGUAGUCUGGCUGUCAGCCUCGUAGCUGUAACAGGGAAUGGAGUCGUUGCUUGGUUGAUCAUAAGGCGAUCUAGAUUACACACCUUAACUAACUGGUUUAUCCUCUCCUUGGUUGUGAGCGACCUAAUGGUUGGCUUGAGCAUAGCGCCAGCGAAUAUAGCGUGUAAGAGGUUAGGUACAUGUGACAUUUAUCUCAAAGGUGCAUUUGAGGAACUUUUUCUGUACGAGUCUAUUUAUAACCUGUGCGCCAUGACAGCUGAUCGCUUUAUCGCAAUUGCCUACCCACUCAGAUAUCCAUAUUUAAUGACUUACUGUUGCACUAUGACGAUUAUUGCGCUCUCGUGGUUUUUACCCCUGUUCAAUUUCUCCCUUCAUUUUUGCUGGCUCUACGCUGAGCCUGAAACAAGAAAAGCCUGGUAUCGCAUUUUUACUAUCACAGAAACGAUUUUCAUGGUGGCUGUUCCAUGCAUUUUGCUAACUGUUGCGAAUGUGAAGAUAAUCCGAGUAGCACAGCUACAGUCAAAAAGAGCCACGGUUCAACUGCGUCAAGUAAACUUUAAUAACAAGGAAACAUUCUCAAGAAAUCCUCCAAGAAAGGCUGUGUUUAAAUACAGAAAAUGGCACUCGAGGGUGUAUACGGAGUCAGAAGAAAGAUCCUCAUCUAAUAGUAAGCACCUUUCACGGCUGGAAAUGAGAAGCAAAGAAGAAUUUCGCCGAAGAUUUCCGAGACGAAGGCUGCUGAGAUCUUCCGUUAAAGUAACCGUUGCAGUCAUAACGAUCUUUCUUGGGUGUUGGACUUUGUCCUUGUAUGCAUCAUUGUGCAGUUAUUUCGACUUGUGCAAUCUAUCGCCAGAUUUGCUUGAUAUCUCUUGGCUGUUAAUGUUGUUGAAUCCUGCGAUGAACCCCAUCGUGUUCAUCGCAUUUAAGAGUGAUCUAAGGGAAGAAUUGAAAAGGAAAAUGGCUACCUUGAAGAGCUCAUACAUCUUUAACAAAGAGACUCCUUGA